AUGUCCGGAGAUGUGGAGGGUCAUUAUCGUUCUUCCGAAGCAGAGUCCACAGCAGCAGCCCUUUCGAAAUUAACUUCGGGGUCGGAGAUUUCACGUUCCGCUGGGGACGAUUCUUCGCAAGCUGCUCCGUCGACUCAAGAGGGGCCCGCUGUAGCGGCGACAGCUGUAGCAGAGCCGGCUGUAGCGGAGCCGUCUGUGGCAGGGCCGGCUGUAGCGGGCCCGAACGAGUUGGUGGAGGACGGCGCGGUGAUCGUUCGCGACGACCUGGACGAGCUGCUGCACUGCCUGCCGGGGAACCUUCGCGGAAACCUGCUGCAGCACCCUCGCAGAUCCGAGCUGCUCGAGGUGGUGUUGGAUCUCGGCCGUCGACCCGAGGCGCGCUUUCUGGGCGAUGGCGGGGCUGAGUACCUGCAGGAUGCAGAGGUCACCCGCGCGGAUCUCGAAUCCGCCUGCGAGUCCAUCGGCGCGUUUGGCGGCGACAAUCGCGCUGGCGUGGAGGGAACGCUUCACCGCAUCAGCGCCAUCCGCAACCGCAAGGGUGACGUGGUCGGGCUGACGUGUCGCGUCGGGCGCGCGGUCACCGGCCACGUGGACAUGGUCCGCGAUCUGCUGCACCACGGGCAGAGCCUUCUAUUUCUUGGAAGGCCCGGCGUGGGCAAAACAACAGUGAUUCGCGAAAUAGCGCGAGUUUUGGCAGACGAGAUGCAGAAGCGGGUAGUCAUCGUGGACACGAGCAACGAGAUCGGGGGCGACGGGGACGUGCCGCACCCCGCGAUUGGCGGCGCGCGGCGCAUGCAGGUGCCGGAUCCUGCUCUGCAGCACAGGGUGAUGGUGGAGGCCGUUGAGAAUCACAUGCCGCAGGUAGUGAUAGUGGACGAGAUCGGCACGGAGGCAGAGGCGCUAGCAUGCAGGACGAUAGCAGAGAGGGGCGUGAUGCUGGUGGGCACGGCGCACGGGCAGCUGCUGGAGAACCUCAUCAAGAACCCCACGCUCUGCGAUUUGGUGGGCGGGGUGCAGACAGUGACUCUGGGAGACGAGGAGGCGAGGUCGCGAGGCACACAGAAGAGCGUGUUGGAGAGAACAGCGCCGCCCACCUUCCCUGUGUUGAUAGAGAUGCGCGAGCGGCACUUCUGGGUGGCCCACCAGACUGACAGGAGUGUGGAUGCAUUGUUGCAUGGCAAGCGCCCUCAAGUCGAAGUCCGCACAAGGGACGAGUCCUUUCACGUCACCAUCGACCGGCGACUCUAUGACCGCAACGGCACCUCCUCCUCCUCUUCCUCUACUUCCUCCCCGGCCAAUCCUAGCAGCAGAGCAGGCGCUGUGGGGGAGGGGAUGGGCGGGAGCAUGUUUGGGGCAGGGAGUGCGGGUCCCGGCGUGGUGCUGGGAGGGAGGGAGCGGGAGAGGGACCUGUAUUGGAUGGCUGGGAGCGAUGAUGAGGGGUUUGACUGGAUGGAAGGCGGUACAAGCACACGGUAUGAGUUCAGCUAUGGGCGGAACAGCAGCGGCGGGAAUGGGAAGGGGGCAGGGCGAGAGGUGGCAGUGGAGCAGACAUAUUCCUGGGCUGCAAAGCUUGGUUAUGUCCCCGACAAGGAUGCUCUGAUGGAGGCCAGUGCUGCUUCCCCACGAAGCAACUCCAGCAGGAGCAGCAGCAACAGCGGCAUCAACAGCAGCAGCAGCAGAUCUGCGUCUUCCUCCCAGACUACCUACUCAUGGACGGAUUUUGAUGAGGAUUUUCACUACGUGGGUGGAGGGAGGGGCGCCCAUGGGGGGUAUUCUGGUGCGGGGACGUCGGGAAAGAGGGGCAGCAAGAGGGGGCCAAGGGGAAUUCGCCCUCGCUAA